UGGACUUCGUCUAUCUGGAGUGGUGAACCGCCAGCCUCAAGCGUGUGAUUACAAUAUCCCGCCUGCGGGGGCGGCUGCGCUGCUCCUGAUCGAUCUGUGCCCGGGUAAACCGCCACCAUGGCCGAAAAGAAGGACCUGGAAAGCGGUGACCCAGCACUGGAGGGCAGAAAACCCAUGGACCUGCCGACAUUACCCAAGGCCCUCACCUUUGAGGAGAAGAAGUACCUUCUCGCGGUCGAGAGGGGAGAUAUGGGCAACGUCAGACGGAUUCUACAAAAGGCACAUAGACAAAAACACGUGGAUGUGAACUGUGUGGAUUCUCUCGGGCGCGGCGCGUUGACCUUGGCCAUAGACGGCGAAAACAUGGAGAUGGUGGAACUACUGGUCAUCAUGGGGGUGGACACCAAGGAUGCCCUGCUGCAGGCCAUCAACGCGGAGUUUGUGGAGGCUGUGGAGCUGCUGCUGGAGCACGAGGAGCUCAUUCAUAAGCCUGGAGAGUCGUAUAGUUGGCAAAAAGUAGACCCGAACACUGCCAUGUUCACGCCGGACAUCACGCCGCUUAUGCUGGCAGCUCACAAGAACAACUAUGAGAUAAUCAAGAUCUUGCUUGACCGAGGAGCUACGUUGCCUGACCCCCAUGAUGUCAGAUGUGGCUGCGACGAAUGCAUCCGGGAAUCGACUGAGGACUCUCUGCGUCAUUCCCUUGCUCGGCUCAACGCGUACAGAGCUCUGGCGUCGCCAUCAUUGAUAGCCUUGUCCUCCACUGACCCGAUACUGACUGCUUUUCAACUGUCCUGGGAACUACGCAACUUGGCUUUUGCUGAACAGGAAAGUAAAGCGGAAUACCUAGAGCUCCGACGGCAGGCGCAGAAAUUCGCCGUGGACCUGUUAGACCAGUCUCGAAGCAGCCAAGAGCUGGCCAUCAUCCUGAACUACGACCCUGAGGAACCAGCCUUCGUGGAGGGAGAGCAUAUGAAGCUGGCGAGACUUGAAUUGGCCAUUAACUUCAAACAAAAGAAGUUCGUCUCCCACCCAAACAUCCAGCAGCUGCUGGCUGCGAUCUGGUACGAAGGUGUCCCAGGGUUCCGUCGGAAAACCGCCAUGGAGAAGAUCAUGAUCAUAUGUCGCGUGGCCCUUCUGUUCCCUUUCUAUUGUAUGCUGUACAUGCUGGCGCCGAACUGUGCGACUGGGAAACUGAUGAGGAAGCCGUUCAUGAAGUUCUUGAUUCACGCGUCGAGUUAUUUGUUCUUCUUGUUGAUACUGAUUCUGGUGUCGCAAAGAGCAGAGGUGCAGGCGAUACAGCUGUUCGGCCCUGAGUGGAUGGUGAAGGAGCUGGAGAAAGAACUCCUCAAACAGAGAGGGAACGGACCCACGUAUCUGGAGCUGGUCGUCGUGGUCUAUGUCCUUGGUUUCAUCUGGGAGGAGACUCAAGAGAUCUAUAUCGAAGGCAUCAGGUCCUACCUCCGUAACAUGUGGAACUUCAUCGAUUUCACCCGCAACUCCCUCUACGUGGCCGUAGCUUUGUUACGGUUCGCGGCGUACCUCCAACAAGCUGCUGAGAUCAGGAGGGACCCUCAGACGAAGUUCAUCCCGAGGGAACAAUGGGAUGCUUUCGAUCCUCAGUUGAUUGCUGAAGGGCUGUUUGCUGCUGCUAAUAUAUUUAGUGCGUUGAAGCUGGUCCACCUGUUCUCCAUCAACCCUCAUCUGGGACCGCUGCAGAUCUCCCUGGGCCGCAUGGUCAUUGAUAUCGUCAAGUUCUUCUUCAUCUAUAGUUUGGUCCUCUUUGCCUUCGCUUGCGGUCUUAAUCAACUGCUCUGGUAUUUCGCCGACUUGGAAAAGAGGAAGUGUUAUGUGUUACCUGGCGGUCUACCUGAUUGGGACAACGCUGGGGACUCUUGCAUGAAGUGGAGAAGUUUUGGGAACGUCUUCGAGGCUUCCCAGUCCCUGUUCUGGGCGUCUUUCGGCAUGGUGGGCUUGGAGAACUUCGAGUUGGCUGGCAUCAAGAGCUACACCCGCUUUUGGGGCCUGCUCAUGUUCGGCUCCUAUUCAGUAAUCAAUGUCAUCGUGCUGCUGAAUCUACUCAUCGCUAUGAUGUCCAAUUCUUACGCUAUGAUUGACGAACACUCAGAUGUAGAAUGGAAAUUCGCCAGAACCCGCCUCUGGAUGAGCUACUUUGAGGAGAGCGCGACAUUGCCACCUCCGUUCAACAUCAUGCCGACUCCCAAACUACUGCUCAAGAUGCUGGGCCUGAGGAAGAAGGAUAAAGUCCGGAAGGAGAAGUCUGAGGAGCAAAAAGAGAAAGAGCACGAUGUCCGCUAUCUAGCGGUGAUGCGGGCUCUGGUCUGGCGGUACGUGUCAGCCAUGCAUAGGAAGAUGGACGACGAACCAGUCACUGAGGAUGACAUCAAUGAGCUGAAGGGAGAUGUGUCGGCCCUCAGAUAUGAGCUGCUUGAGGUCUUCGAGAAGAAUGGCAUGGAUGUGUCCUUCACUGAUAGGAAGGAGAAAACGGUGCUCGGCAAACGCAUGAAGGUGUGGGAGCGUCGCCUGAUGAAGAACUUCCAAGUGGCCCCUGUGGCUGGCAUCGAGGACGAAGCUCCAGCUGAUGAGGGCGGCCUGUCCAAGUUUAGGAGAAUCGCCAAGCUUGCUGUAGCCAGCACCACCAACGCGAAAUGGGACCAGACUUUGGUCGGAGCUGGUAUUGCGACACAGAUCGGCCGUUGCCGCAGCCGUGAGUCUUACAAGAAUCAACAGAACUUGCAGCGAGCUAUGGAUGAGGCCAGGAAACUAGUGCUCAGGUCACCACUGCCAGAAAGUUCCCGCGGUGCGUCUCCCAUAGAGAUGCCGGUGACUCCCGGUCACACUCUUCUGGAGCUUAUCAAGGAUAUAUCGACUGAAGUUGGGGAGCCAGUUGAUUUAUCUUCACCAACGCCGAAGUCGCCUUGGAAACCAUCUGCUGGCGAAGCUACCCUGGGCGCGUCACUACUGUCGGCAGCUCAGAGUCGAGCGGUUUCUCCUAAACCACCCAGCCCGUGUUCUUCUAAACCAACGUCAAAGAAUCCAACGCCUGCGGGUUCCCGUGGUCCGAGCCCCACUCCAAGAUCUGUGAGUCCAGUUAGCGAGGAAGCCGCACAGCCUGAACCAAGUCCACUAAAAGCGAAGCGAGUGCCGGGCGAAUCUCCCCCGAAGGUGAUCAAGAGGAAACCUUCGGUGCCUCCAGCACAGGCUGGCGAAGAACAGCCACUAGAAGCACCAUCGGGACCUGAAGCUAAGCCCUUGGAAGACAUAGUAGUGGCGCGGCCGGUCGCUCCAGAGAUUAAGCCUGCUGAGGGUGCCAUUCCUCCUCCUCCACCAGUUAUGAAGCCCAAGGCUCCACCAGCGCCGAUCAUGGAGAUAACCCCAAGCACUCCCCCGGUGCACGCAGCAGCUGUGAAGCCACCAUCGCCACCAAAAUCUCCAAUAACCAAACCACCAACACCACCAAAGUCGCCGUCGCCAGUGCCUAGGGCACAUUCUCCUACGCCAAGAUCACCGUCACCACAAGCGUCGACAUCUGCUGUAACAGCGAAAACCCCUCCAUCUCCCCCACAACGUCUAACGUCAACGUCGAGCACGGAGCAGCUGAUCCCCCCUCCCUCCCCGCAGCCCCUCCGGCCGGUGAAGAAGUUGGAUGAUGUAAAGACCAUAAAACGACAACCGAAAACUGGGUGGUUAUAGACAUAUUCAUAGAUUUCGUGUCUCAUGAAGAGCCAAACAAAA